UAUAAAUGAGGAAAAACACGCAUUUUAAAUAGUUGAAUUUUUGAACUUUAAAUGCAAAUAUCUCAAACACAUAAAUCAGCGGUUGAAAUCCAGGGGUGCUAUUCUAAAAUUUACCGAAACGGAUUUAUACUUUUACAUACAAAGUAUUCCUUACAAUAUGUUUUCCAAUUAGAAGUAAUGGAAGCCGAGUUGACAAUUACAGAUUCCAUAGCAAUUAAAAUAUUGCACGGAGGAGCAAUACUUUCAGGUGUUGGCAAUGAGUUACACCUGCAUUCGCCGAACACAUCUAAAUGCCUCGUGCUUGCGCAGAAAUUGCGCGCUAAAGUGCAUGGCAUUGCUGAUGUGUUGUUGAAAAACGCAUCUUUCAAUGAAGGAAGAAUUAUUGUACACGGCGAAAAAGAAUGUAUGUUAAUGCAGUAUGUCUACGACGAAUAUGAGUACACCUUUAGGCAACUUUCUCACUUUCGUCUUACUGACUGGAUAAGUUAUGCACACUUUCUUCAAAAUCCAAAUGAAUUUGUCCUUCUUACUGCUCACAGUGUGCUUCUACGAUUCCUUUACGAAGAAAACGCGCAAGAAAAGAAUUCUUGUAAAGUUACAGCGAAGUCAUCCUCCAAUGAAAAAUCCACACUUUAUUGCUCCCAUAUUCGAGGCAGAACAAAUGAGGAUUUGAUAAUUUUUGGAGGGAAUGCUUUUGGAGAACUGCUCAUUUGGAAGCCAUUUAUUACUGAGACGAUUUCUCGAAAGAUUGAUUGCAUUGAAAUACAAGUGGAACUAAAGCAUAGACAACCAGCCCAUAAUGGAGUAAUUUUUUCUAUUGACUUUGAUGAUGAAUCUAAUUUGCUGACCACUACGUCAGAUGACCGGUCAAUACGCUUCUGGAAACUUGAAUGGACGUCAAAUGAAUCUUGGGAUGAAUUAAAAAUUAAUACAAUAGCUAGUGGAUAUGGUCAUGUUGCACGAGUGUUUCAAGGAAAAAUUAUCCAUUUCGAUCGGAAACCAAUGGCUGUGACUGUCGGAGAAGAUUCUCAUUUUUGUAUUUGGAACUGUAAAGCUGAAUUAUUGUUCAAACAACGUAUUCAAUUCGGUGCAGUGAUAUGGAAUUUCGAAUACGACAAGUAUACACACACAUUGUAUACAGUCGGAUCAACGGGAAACUUGCUGGCAUACAAUGUUGAAGAUGUAUUUAGAAUGAAAUCGGAGAUUUUUUCAACAACUAUGAUUGUUCCAGAUUUAGAACCAACAGAAUAUGUGGCAAAAGCAAAAUUUCUUAAAUCUAACAUGUUAGUUGGUAUAACAAAUAGAAAUCGUCUUAUGUACGCCCUCCUUCAAUAUAAAGAGGAAAAUUAUAUACAUGAAUGUGGCCCAUGGCACAUCAUUGAUAUGCAUAAAAAAUAUAAAUGCACAGUAUUUGAAAUACAAGACAACUACAUUGCGAUAUGUGGCUACAAACGAUUAACACUUAUUAAGUAUUGCCAAAAUAACGAGUUCAACAUAUUAUUUGAUGCCGAUAUACUUGACGGGGUAAUACGUUCAUUCCAUUUUUUAAAUAAUAGUUCGUUUUUGAUAUCUGAUGAAUCUGGAAAGUGUUUGCUUCUUGAAGGUGAAAACAUAGUGAUUCAAAUCGCUGUUCCCCUACCACACUGCAAGGAACCAUGGACAACAACAGCCCUACGUAUAAAAAUAAAACAAUUAAAAGAUUAUCUGUUAGUUAGUAAUCGUAUGGGAAACACAAUACUAUUUAAAAUUGAUUAUGGAACUGCUGAAGCCACAUGUGUGAACACUAUUCGACAUCUGCACGGAUCAUUAGGUGCAACGAUGUUUUACCUCAAAGAAGUUCAAAAUGAUUAUAUAUAUAUUCAAAGCGCUGGCCAUGAUGGAUCAUUGCGGAUACUUUCCAUACGAAUUGAGUCCGACACGAUUGUAUCACAUCAACGCACAUUUGUACCUGUAGCUUGGGUGGAGAAAUUAGCUGUAAUUGAAAACAGUGAAUUUCUUUUGGGUUUUAAUGAUAAUCAUUUCGUGAUAUGGUCUCACGACUAUGACAUAUCCGUACAAAUACCUUGCGGUGGAGGACAUCGCAGUUGGCAUUACGAUAUCACUUCUGAAGACAGCAGAAAGUUUGUGCAGCUACUAUUUAUAAAAAAUAAAGUGGUAAGACUUCAUAAGCAUAAACUGUGCAAUAUCCUUUCUAAGAGUAUAAAGAUGUUACGAAAUCAGUGGCACACUCGUUCAUGUAACAUUUUGAAUAUAAUUGAACCACGCCACAUUGAAGUACCUUUUAGUAUAGUUGUAAGUGCCGGAGACGAUAACACGGUAAAAAUAUCUAAAUUAAUGUCCGGUGGUCGAUUAGAGCAAUGUGCGGAAUUGCAUUCACAUAUAUCCAAUGUGAGAGCAUUAACAACUAUACAAAUGCAACAAGACGCUGUUUUAAUUUUUACAGGCGGCGGCCGAGCGCAGCUAUGCAUAGCGUUAUUGGACCUGAAAGAUUUUCGUGUCCAUGAACUUACGAGUUAUACUUUAAAUAAGAAUGAACAGAGUGAUGACGAAAAGACGCAAACUUACCGACCCAACCCGGAAACUCGAAUAAUGUCAUGCGAUGUGGUUAAAGUGAACACUAAUAAUCCAGGCAAAAAAGUGGAAUAUUUUGUUUUCCUAUGUUGUUCAGACGGUUAUUUGCGGAAGUUAUACGUUAAUGAAUCUUUUAAAAUUAUAUCCGAGGCUGCUUUCUAUUGCGGCUGUUGUUUGCUGCAUUUACGAGCGUUCGCGAACUCUUACAUUCUAGUAGCAGGUACAAAUGGAAAAGUACGUAUGUUUAACUUGAGUUUGGUAGAAUUACCAAUUGAACUGCCACAUCACGCAAGCGGAGUAAAUGCUUUGGACAUAUAUUAUGAGCCUAACACCUAUAUGCUUCAUAUUCUUACUGGUGGUGAUGACCAGUCAGUUUCCUAUACUUCUCUAGAAAUUCAAAACGAAAAUACAUUUCAGAUUAAAAAUAAAUUUUGCAUCGAAAAUGCACACUCAGCACAGGUAACUGCGGUACAGUUAACUUUCGAUAACGAGGGUCUUAGCGCAUAUACUUCGGGCCUAGACCAGGUUGUAAACAAGAUCCAUUUGCGAAUUCCUGCGACAGAACUGGUUUGUUAUACACCCAUAUCAGACAUCAAAGGUUUGCGAAUAGACCAUUUCAAACGAUGUUUCAUUUAUGGUUGCGGCAUUCAAAUAUUCAAAUUGAAAUAAUAAAAAUUUGUUAGAAAUACUAUCGAUUUUUCAAAUUCACACAUAAAUUU